AUGCUAAAAACCACCAAACUUCCGCGAGAAGUCCAAACGCUCUUAAAACCAUACGUCACCAAGUUCCUUUUUUGUGUGCAUCCAGACUUUUUCUACAACAAUCCAAAAGAAAAACAAGUGAAUACCAAAUCACUACAAACCUUGAACGCUUUAUUGAAUUCUGGUGAUGUGGUAGUCAAAAAGCAAAUUUCUCCUUCUAUUUCCAUAGAGAUGCUUGUAGAUUUUUUUGAGAACCGUAAAAUUUCAGGUGUAAAUUUGGAAUUUUACCAUCGUAAUACUCAGACAGAUACAAGCAGUAGUAAUAAUGACUCUCUAACUCGUUUGAACUCGGUUAUGUGUUGCUUUGUAUCAGCAGCACUUUCUUACGAAAUCCAAAAUUUAUAUAAUUCGCUUGCAUUCUUGCAUUUAUGUCGAAGGAUCGGAAUCCCCGUUGACGCAGCAAGCGAUUCAUUAAUACUGAAAAUACUAAAAGAGAGGAGUAAAAAUGGAAAAGAAGAAAAAAGUAAGACAUCUGAAGCUUCAUCAACACAAAAAUCACUAAGAGAGAUAUUUGCGCACGAAAUCCGGCUAUCGAGAAUCGUAUCUGAUCCGAUUUCUGUAUUGGGCACUUCUUAUAAAAAUGGUAUUGGCAAUAUUAAUGUUAGCAAUGCGCUGACAACUCUAUAUAAAUGCGUCUAUUAUGAAAAUGAUGAUGAAACGAAAGGAUUUGCUCAAACUCGAUCGAAAUUAUCGCAGAAAUUUAAAUGGUGGGGUAAGAUUCCUAUUAUAAUUAUUGAUGUUGAAGUUAAUAAAAAAAUUAAUGAUGGAGGAAUUUUGUUGAUGCAUUAUGAUUGGCCAGAGAAAGGUUUGUAUUUAUUUGGCUUGUUACCAUUAUUUGUUGAUUGUUGA